AUGGCUUCAUAUUCCCGAGCUGGCGCCACGGCCUCUCCCUCAAAUCAAUCGCCGCCCCCAUCGCCUCCUGGACCUAGCCCGACUGGCGACACCCCAGCUCAAUUUGCACCAACCUACACCAUAGCCAACGCAGAGAUUGCGGCCGUAGAAAUUCCUGCUGUUGUACAAAAUAUCGACCGCGCUAUUAGUGCUUUUGGUCGUCUAUCAUCCUUUGAUCAUGUUAUGGACCCUCUACGUAACUCGCUGCCUCUCUAUCUCAAUCCAGAGAGCCCGUUCUGCAAUCCAAUCAUGUCCCAUAAUUCAGCUUCACACAACGUUGUCUUGAAAAUCACCGUCCCAAAGCGAACUGGACGGAGGAGGAAACGUGGCUCAGCAGGGCCUUGGGAAGGAGACCAAGAAAUCCGCGAUGUCGAUCAGGAAAGUUAUGUUUGCUCAAUCGCCCGCCAAGACGAGCCCAAAGUCCUCAAAAGAAAACUGAAAGACAACGUUGGCCGCUACAAAGUAGAUGCCAUAGGUGUUGUGCGCCACACUCAUAAAUUCCGUGGUCUCGCAGAUUUUUACUGGGACAUGUCGACAUCGUCGCUGGCGAACCGAUAUGUAGACCAAGUCUUUUCUAGAGACGUCGAAAAGAUGAAGACCUUCACCUUGGAGCCCGGCAUCGACAAGACCAAAAACUCAGACGUGAUACCACCGCCGAUAUUCACACAUAUGAGUCUGCCCUUCAAUUACUUUUACUCCCAGAAUCCAUACGUUCGCACCACUGCAGACGGCGGUACAUUCAAUGUAACCGCUGUCAAGCAGGUUGGGUUCUUCAUCAGCGCCGACGAUCCCGCGCCUAUCGGCCCUCAGGAGCCCCCGGAUGUGACGGAUGUCCGGUUCAUGGAAGUUCUGGCAGACUUGGAGGCAGCCUUUACAGAUCGUCCUAUCUGGACACGUCGCUCAUUGCUGAAUCAUCUCGGAAAAAAGCUUGAUAGCUGGAACGAGCUCAAGAAAUAUCUCAAUUACGCCGCCUACCAAUUUAAGGGUGGUCCCUGGCGAGAUUGUGUCGUGCCUUACGGUGUUGAUCCGCGCACGGAUCCCAAAUUUCGACAAUACCAGACUCUCAUGUUCAAGUUGACCAAGCACAAGCGACCCUCAGGCCCUGCCACGGUGCGGACAUACACUCGUCCCGAAAAGGUGGAGGGGCGCCAGGCACCAGCGGGAGCAGCAAGUCAUAUUUUCGAUGGUGAAACAUACGACACGGACGGCAAGGUCUGGCAAGUCUGCGACAUCACCGACCCUCUACUACGCGAGCUUCUUGACGGAGCAGCAGUACGCCCUACUUGGGACGUUAGCAGCGGUUGGUACCACGGCGGCCUGUGGGCCAAGGUUAAGGCCGUUAUGAAGACAAAGUUGGUCGGUAUUCGGUUUGGCAGGCAGCUGUCGCGGGCAGAUUUUACCCCUACUUUACAGUUUGGUGAUAUGACUCCGCCAAGGUCAACGUCAAGCAACUUUCAUCUGCCGUUGCCCAAUUUGCGGCUUACAGAUCAGGAGCUCACGGCACUGCGUGGCCGGAAGCCACCGAAGAGGAAAAGUCAAGGUUACAACGUGAAACUGAAGACUCGUCCAGCGGCAUCAAUGACAGAUGAUCCUGCGUCGGUUGCAAGCUCACCCAGCCGAGCGCCCAUAGAAGCCAUGGACAACGACGAGGAUUCUGGCGCUGACAGCAACGAGGACAAUGGCAGCGGUUCUGAGCCGGAGGAUGACCAGCUGGAUCAGUUAGCAGAUGACUAUAAUAGCCAAGACAACAACGGUCCAGGUUACAAUGGUCGCGAGUACAGCGGUCCCUAUAGAUACGAAUUUAGCAGUGGGCACCUGAAUGAUAGGCACUAUGCGGAGGAAGUUUACCCUGAGCUAGAGUAG